AUGCUCCUUUUCGCAUCAAUUCUAGUGACUCUUACUGUACAAAUCGUGGAUGGAGCUCUACAACACUGGCUCUCACCAUAUCGUCAUACUUUCCAAAGGGCAGUGUCCGAAUGUUCCAGUUAUCUGCGCUUAUCCCAGGAAACCAUUUGCUACUGCCAGGAAAACGAUUAUCCCGAAGAACCGGAAUGUUUGAAUCUGGUUCACUGUAUCCUGGUUGAUUUGCGCGCCUGGAGUGAUCGGGAAGGUUUGGUGCCUCAACAAUUGGAAGUGUUCUUGAAGCGAAAGUGUGAAUGUGAUCAAUUUUUUAAACGUAAUACGCGAGAGUGUUUAGACCAGGAUCUGGCAAAUCUAGAUCCAAAGAACCAUACGCUACGGUCUUACAAAACCUUUAAAUGCUACCUCAAACAUUGGGGUACUCCUUCGACCGAAAGAAAUUUGCUCAGAUAUUCAGACCGAGAACGUGAAAUAUUCUACAGAGAGUCGUUUGAAAUUUCGAAUAUUCCUCUGAGUGCACUGGAAGAGUUCAGCCGGGGUACUUACGACAUUCCGGAGUUUCUUGAGUUAGGUUACACCUACUUGAUUCGGAUCGGAUACUACAUUCCAGGUUUUGGAUUCAACAAAGAAAGGCUCUACAUCCAGUUUGGUGAUGAAGAAAUUUUCGGUGAUGAAGUGAGGCAAUGCGAGAUCAACAUUCAGCAGGAGGUUUGUGACGAAAUAGAACGAAUACCGAAAAUUUUCUUCCAAUGUUAUAAGCAACCGUCGGUCUUGAAUGUACUGCAAGAAGUAGCUGGUAAAGUGGUUGCAGAAUCGAGAAGCCCCUGUGAUAAUCCCGUUACUACCACAGAGCCACCGGCCGAAGAAUGCACAACAGUCACGGAAUCCAGCUGCAAAUGCGAAACUACAACUACAAAUGCGAUAGCAUGUGCUCAGUGA